AUGGCGACCGCCAUGAUGCAGGCCAUCGCCGCGGCGAAGAAGAGCGAGAAGAAAAAGAAGAAGGCCCCCGCGAAGGAGCCGCCGGCCAAGCCGCCCCUCUUCGAGGCAGGCGACAGGGUCCUGUACUGGAGCGAGUCCAAGCGCAGCUGGGUCGACGCAGAGGUGCUGCGCCGCAGGGAGGCGGACGGCACCGUCGCCUACGACCUCAACCUCAAGUCCAAGGCCCCGCAGGCCAAGGUGCGGCCAGUUCCGGGCGAGGGGGAGGCCUUCGACCGCAGCGCGCCUCCCCCGCCGGAGGCCCCCGCCUCCGCGUUCGCGAGCUUCGACGCCUUCGGCGGCAAGGCGGCCAAGAAGCGAGGACGGGAUUCCGACAGCGAGGACGGGGAACGCCGGAGGGCCCGCGCCGCGCAAGAGCAGGCCGCGACCUUCGAGUGGGGCAGCCCCCCACCCGAGCUCCUCGCGAGGGAGGCCUUUGGAGAGCACGACGCCCCCGCCUUCAUCGACCACUUCGUCCGGCACUUCGUCGGGGCGUGGGAGGAGCAGCGCCGCGCCGGCUUCCCGGCCUUCGCGGACGCCGACCGGCGGGCCUUCGGGGGCGACGCCCUGGAGGAGGCCCGGCGCGCCGUGGUGCCGCUGCUGGUGCAGCUGGCGCGGGGCGAGAGGCUGGAGCGUGGCGAGACCAAAGACGAGAAGAUCAAGAUGUGCGGAGGGCGUACCGCCUGCGACGGCAGGCAUGUGGACGAGGCCGGCGUCUUGGAGCAGCUGCACAGGAUAGCCUCGAGUGCCGCUGUUCGUGACUAUGCGGAGGCCCACAAGGCCUACAUGAAGCUGACGUUGGGCCACAAGAAGUGGAACAACACUUGCGUCACGCACGUCUCGGCGAGUACAAUGCAGGGCGCCAGAGAGUACAGGAGGAAUCGAGACAGCCUCAACACUUACGACAUGGACCCGGUGGCCCAGAAGUACAUGCAGGCGAUGCGGAAGAUCGUGCACUUUGCGCAGCGCAUCAGACCGAAUGCCGUGCUCGCGACCAAGCACUCCGCCAGGCAGACCACCACGCGCGGACUCAGCGAGAUCGAGGAGGACCCCGCGCAGGCGCCGCAGCACCAGGCCCGACUCUGGAGCAAGGUGAAGUCCUUCAAGCACGCCGCCGCCUUGACUCGCCACACGUCCGGCCUCGUGCAGACUCGCGAGCGGAAGCCCAUCUCGGCGGCGCUGGAGAGGGACUGCCCAGGCGGCGCGGCGGGCGAGCCCGCUGACCUGGAGGCCGACAGCAGCGCCUCGGCGGACAGCGCCGCCUCGGAGGAGGCUCAGGGAGACGAGGACCCGCCGUCCGCAGACGGCGCAGCGGCUGCGCUCGGGCCUCCCAGGCAGUUGCUCGACGCGGUCGACGAGGACGCAGCAUCUGGCACCACGCACGUGGAGGUAGAGGCCGUGUCGCCCAAGACCGCCCCGUGGUCGCCAAGGAGGAGGAGGGGGAGGCGGCCGAACCCCGGCGGCGUAGCCCUGCCGGCCCUCGACGCCCCGGGCGGCGCCAGCGCGGUUGCCGACGCCGCCGCCGCGGGGCCACGGCAGCCUGCGAGGCAGCCCUCAAAGCAGCCUGCCGGGGCCGCGGUGGGCAGCUCGUUCCUGCCAUUGGUGCCAGCGCCGCCGCCAGAAGCCGCCAAAAGCGAACACUGCUGGCAGCUCGGGGGCCCCAAGCGGCUGCGCAAGGCCGAGGGCCUGUACGGAGUGCCCGUCUGGCACGAGGUGUUCGGCCGCACGCUGCGGUGA